AACACGGUACUUCACUACUUUCUCUGCCUUUGUUGUGAUAUUUGUAUUUUUGUCCGAUCUCGGGAGAUUUUCUGUUUAGCGUCAAUAGCUAGACACUGUCUGAAUAUCAAGGCUACAUUGGUAUAGAUCUUCCAAAUUACGUCUGAUUCCUGAAACAUUUCGAUUGAUAAUAUGACUGAGUCUGGUCUGGUGUUACUGUUUGUUUAGAUGACACAGCAAUAAUUUAAAGUGAUUCUUGUGUGGAAGACAAAAUUGCCAAUAUUAUUCGGAAAGAUGACGCAGCGUUAAUUUAGAUGUUUUUGCUCUUAAGACAAACUGACAAUAAUAUUGGUUUAGAUGACUUAGCAAUAACUAAAGAUAGGUGAUUUUUGUAUGUUAGGGCGUUCCAUAAACUUAAUUGACCGUGAAAGCCCUGUCAACCGAGAAACAAAUUGGCCCCGCCCUUUGUUAUAGUCUCGAAGAACAAGCCAUGUGUGAGAAUGUUAUAUAAAGCACGGGUCUGGGUGUCCAAGUCGUUUAUUUCAUUCUUGAGUAAAUUUGUGAUAGCAGUUGUAAUUGUGAACUUGUUGUAUCUCGGAGUGACUGCAUAUAUCAAGAUGACUGAACAACCUUCAACAGAAUCUUUCCUUGAGCGAAUGCGAUCAACCCUUGAACAAGAAGGACAUGGAUCUUCUCAUGUUUUUGUCAUUUUAGGGGCCUCAGGUGACCUUGCUAAGAAAAAGAUUUACCCUACACUGUGGUGGUUAUACAGAGAUGGCCUCCUACCAAAGAAGACAUCAUUUAUUGGUUAUGCUAGGAGUAAGAUGACUGUUGCUGAUAUCAGAAAUAAAACUGAACCUUUCAUGAAAGUUCAAAAAGGUGAAGAAAGCAAGUUGGAAGAUUUUUUUAAGUUGAAUCAAUAUAUUGCUGGUAGUUAUGAUAAAACAGAAGGUUUUGCUGCCCUCAAUAAAGCCAUUGAACAAAAAGGUGGACCCAACAGAUUAUUUUAUCUGGCUCUUCCACCAUCUGUAUAUGAACAAGUAACAUUAAAUCUCAAAGCUGUCUGUAUGACCAAAGACAACGAUAAAUGGACGAGAAUAAUUGUUGAGAAACCAUUUGGCCGUGAUUUAGAGAGUUCAAAUCAUUUAUCAUCUCAUCUAGCUGCCUUAUUUAAAGAAGAAGAAUUGUAUCGUAUAGAUCAUUAUCUGGGUAAAGAAAUGGUACAAAAUCUCAUGGUCUUAAGGUUUGGUAAUCGUAUAUUUAGUCCGAUCUGGAAUCGUGAGAGCAUAGCAAGUGUUGUUAUUAGUUUUAAAGAACCAUUUGGUACUCAAGGACGUGGUGGAUAUUUUGAUGAAUUUGGCAUAAUCAGAGAUGUUAUGCAGAAUCAUUUGUUACAAAUUCUUAGUCUGGUUGCCAUGGAGAAGCCACCAUCGACAGGAGCAGAAGAUAUCAGAAAUGAAAAAGUGAAAGUUUUGAAGAGUAUACCUCCAGUUUUAUUAAAGAAUGUUGUGUUAGGUCAGUAUGUUGGUAAAAAAGAUGGAAAAGGAGAUGAAACUCAGGGAUAUUUGGAUGACCCAACAGUUCCAAAGGGUUCGGUGACACCUACGUUUGCUACUAGUGUUUUAUUUGUGAAGAAUGAAAGAUGGGAUGGAGUUCCCUUUAUACUUAGAUGUGGAAAAGCUCUGAAUGAAAGGAAGGCUGAAGUAAGGAUCCAGUUCCAGGAUGUUCCUGGGGAUAUUUUCCAGGAAGGGGAAGUAAAGCGAAAUGAGUUGGUGAUCCGAGUACAACCUGAUGAAGCUGUAUAUAUGAAGAUGAUGAUGAAGACACCAGGAAUGAGUAUUGGCUGUGAAGAAAGUGAAUUAGAUCUGACCUAUGAUAAUAGAUACAAGGGUGUAAAAAUGCCAGAUGCUUAUGAAAGAUUAAUUAUGGAUGUGUUUAUGGGUUCACAAAUUCAUUUUGUGAGAUCUGAUGAACUGUAUGAGGCAUGGAGAAUAUUUACACCACUGUUAAAACAGAUUGAAAAAGAAAAACCUAAACCAAUACCAUAUGUUUAUGGCAGCCGUGGACCAAAGGAGAAUGAUAAAUUGUGCACCGAUUUCAAUUUUACGUAUACCGGAACUUACAAAUGGACGAAACCUCAACCACACCUUUAAAUCAAGUUAGAGUUAUUGUUCUGUAUUGUGUUAUAUUUCAGAUCAAAUAGUUUUAGGCCCAUUGAUCAAAACAUUUUAUAAAGUUUUCAAAUUAUGUUAUACAUGUGAUAUGCUGGCACACAAUGUGAACGUGUGAACCCAGUUUUAUUUUUUUAGCAUUGUGAAAAUAGAAAUAAUGAAGGACACAAUCUAUGUUUUGUAUACAAAUGCAAAUCCGAAUGGUCUAAGCAUUAGCAAUAACGUUUCAAAAUGAUUGUAUGGAAUUACCAUAGCUCAUGUUUUCGCCAUGACUAUUGUGAUGCAAAACUAAAUUUGAGAUAAUACCGAUAUAAUCUCCAGUCGAUGACGAUGGGCAGAAAGUCAUUCUCCUCGUCAUUCCAUUUCGUUGACGGGGGUUGGAUGGCCGAAUGGUUAGCGCGUUCCCCGGUUGUACGCGACAAGGAGUAGGGUCGCCUGUCCAAUCUCGUGGGUUUUCUCCGGGUUCCCGGUUUUCUCCCACUGCUUAAGACCCCUACGUGCAAGCGAAUUAUUGAAAUACAAUUGAACCAGAUGUUAGUUUCGAAAUGACCUACUUUGUGUCGAGUGGACGCUACCCCCCCUCUCUCUCUCUCUCUCUCUCUCCAUUUCGGUGACAAACCAUAUCUUCUUCAAUUGUGUGCGUCGUUUAGUAGAGUACAUUUGUUACUUUACAGUUCGGUGCCUUAUUUGGGCAGCAUUAUCAUUAUUAAAGUGAUAUAAUGACUUGUGUCGUUAAACGAAAUAUAUGAAAGUGCCUAUUGAUAAACAUACGUUAAUAUAUAUACAUACUGUACUGAAUACAAAUUUUCCGCAUACUAUAUUAUCUUUUAGUGGAUACUUGGUACUGACUUCCUUAGUUGCUUUAAUAUGUGAAAAACUCACAGGCAUUCAAAAAACAAUCACAAUUUUGUUUAAGCAACAUUUCCUUAUACAACACUUUAACAUCCGCUAUUAUAUUUAUAUUUUUUGUUAUAAUUAUUGAUAAAUGUUAUUUGUACAUUUUUGUUAUGCCAGGUUAUUACAUGUUUUUAAAAAGUUGGGGCUUGUAGAGGCUGUAGUUUAUUUGACUUGUUAAGUUCAUAAAUAGUGCUAUUUUAUACCGGUGUUGAGUCACUUUUAUUGUUGAAUAUAAAACUUAAAUAUUAUUUAAAUUGUUAACGUUUAUUUAUUUUUACAUAGAAAGCCAAUAAUUAAUGCUAUUUUUAUACGCCCACAUAGAAAUGUGGACGUAUAUUGCCGUCGCCCCCGUCCGUCCAUCGUCCACAAUUUCUUGUGAACGCUCUAACGCCAAAAGUUAUCAUCCAAUUGUUUUAAAAUUGAUAUAUGUUGUUUACAUUAGUGAGAUGAAGAAUCCUAUUUAAUUUCAAUAAUUUCACUUUGUUGAACCUUGUGAAAGCUCUAACCCCAAAAGUUAUCAUCCUAUCUUUCUGAAAUUUAUAUGCAUUAUUUAAAUUAGUGAAACGAAGAAGCCUAUUUAAUUUCAAUAAUUUCUGUUUAUAACGUCUAGAGUUAUGGCCCUUGUUUCACUUUGUUGAACCUUGUGAACACUCUAAUGCCAAAAGUUAACAUCCGAUCUUUGUGAAAUUUAUAUGCAAUAUUUAAAUUAGGGAAACGAAGAAGCCUAUUGAAUUUCAGCAAUUUUCGUUUAUUACGUCUAGAGUUAUGGCCCUUUUUUCACUUUAUUGAACUUUGUGAAUGCCCUAACAUCAAAAGUUAUAUGCUGAUCUGUAUGAAAUUUACGUGCGUCAUUUAAAUUAGUAAAGAGAAGAAUCCUAUUGAAUUUCAGCAAUUUCCAUUUAUUACUUCUGGAGUUAUUGCCCUUGUUUGACUUUGUUCAACCUUGUUAAUGCUCGAUUGAUGAAAGUUAUCAUCCGAUAUGUUUGAAAUUUAUAUGCAUCAUUUAAAUUUGUGAAACGAAAAAGCCUGUCAAAUUUCAACAAUUUCUGUAGAUUACUUCCAGAGUUGAGUUGAGACCCUUGUUUCAAUUUGUAGAACCUUGUGAACCCUCAAACAGCAAAAAUUAUAAUCUGAUCUGUAUGGAACUGUCUUGUAAAGGCCCCCAAUUACCUACAAAGGAAUAAAUAUGCGACAACCCUUGUCUACCGCUCGGACGAUUUAGCCGCUGUGGGCGUAUGUUUCGUUGCCUGGCAACCUAUCUUAUAUUAAAGCAUUAAAGCGGCAUUAGGUAAGGUUAGAUAAAGAGCUGACAACUCUCGCGAUAAUAGUUAUAAAAAUAGAUAAUGAAGAGACAAUAUGCCGAAAAUAUCAAAUUACUUCGCUCCGAGCCUCGAUAUUAGUGAUAAAAUUAUAGGCUAGCUCUGAUUAUCAUUACUAUCGUGGUUACGAUAAUAAACAAAGUCUCGAUUAUCCAUUAUUACGGUAACCGCAUCCACCACAAAACGUAUUUGAAUCUACUAAAUUUCGCAAGCAUCCGAUGGCAUCGAGAGUUGAUUAUGAUAUUGGUAAGUUAAUGAAUGUCUAAUUAAUAAUUUAUAUAUCAUUUCAAGCCCAAAGAAAUGCUUGCAAUAGGCAGAUUUAGCUAUUACAUAAUGCAUGUUUAAUAUUAAAAUGUUACCUUAUUCCAAAUAUGAAAAGUUUCACGCUUCUAGAAACCCUGUAGUUAGCACCGAUGAGAUGUAUUGUAUAUAAUAGUGGUUUUAUUUUUUUAUUGUCCCCCGCCUUUCAGAGAAAGCAGGGAACUAUUUAAAUGAUCGUGCACAUUUUCUGCUAAGGCUUAGCAGAGAUAACCUGUAGCGAUAAGCAUGUUGAUUGUUCAAGACUUUGGAACAUAACAACUCUGCUUUUAAUUGGGGUAGAAUGUUUAAAUUUGAUGUAAAUUUUUAUCAGGUAAAUGUCUUGGACUGAGUUCAUUGAUUAACAUUUCCCGCGAAAGCUAAGAAUAGCCAAGCAAUUUCAUUGGUCGAUGCUUUGAGACAAGAUAACUUUGAUUUCGCUACCAGGUACUUCAAAAUCUUGUCUGAGUUUGAUGUGAACAUUUUAUACUUAGACUAAGUAUAGAUACCAGUUUAAUUGCUCGAUACUUUUCAAAGAAGAUUAACGUGCAGUUAAUUAAUAUGUGUCAUCUAUUUAUUUGGGGGUUUGGCCGUAAUUGGCGGUGGACAUCGGCCUCACUGUUGGCUUGUAUUUAGUGUAUUAAAUGUAACGACCUUGACAACCGUUUAUUUUUGCAAUUUUUCAUUUUCAAGUAUAAAUAUCAUUGAGAUGAUAUUAUAUUACAUGUUGUAUAGUGUUCUAUAUUUUAAGUAUAUUAAUAGUAUGGUUUACCGGUGCUAAGAUAGGUCUAUUCUUAAUUGUAUUAUAUAGAAUUGUUUAUUUAUAAUUGUAUGUCAGUAUUCAUUUUUUAUAGAAGACUUUCUUACUUCUGCGAAAUAAAUAGACAAAUAAUCUGU